CACGUUUCUGCUUCCUGCAUCCCAGUCGUCAUCCUGCAGCACUUCCAAGAUCGGCAUCGCGUACGAGACUGCUGCCUCCCAUCCUCUGGCCGUUCCAGAAGAACAGGGCAAUCAUCCUUGGACCUUCCAAAUUUCCGUCGUCCUGCGGCCGCCAGCUAUUUCCCGGACGCGUCACUACCCAGUCGACGACGAUGUUACGACAGAGACCAUAGCCAUUCCGCCCGCGGCUGACGGUGCAUACCCUUCCUUCCCUACUCAUCCGUCGCCAUGAGCUCCCUUCUCCAUCCUUUCCACAGCGCGAGCCAGAAGUGCCGCCCAAAGCAUCAAGUGCUUGUCCUCAAAUGUUACCCUCAAUACCAAAAGACUGUGCAAGAAGUCAAGCCCAACUCUUCUGAAUUGAGCUACCUUCUCUACUAUGCAAGCACACGGCGAAGUAAGCUCCAGAAAGUUGGCGCGUUCCUCGAGAAGAAGAAUGCGCAUGAUGUUUGGAAAGGAAGACUCGGCAAUGUCCAAGUCACUCUACAAAUUCUCGCUGCGAUCAUCGAGAAAGCUCCUCGCGACCUAUCCCUCUAUUCGCGAUCCGUCCUGACCAUCCUCGGGACUGUACUGCGAUCCAAAGACAUCAACAUGGUAGAAGAGACGGUGCCAACAUUCGAAGCAUACUGUAAGCAUGUGGAUGCCGCAUCUAUGACUGCCGAUCAACAACGUGCCCAACAAUACUUAUCCAUUGUGCAACUGUACGCCGGGUAUGCGGAAAAGCAAAAUCAGACCCAUCGAAGGAAUGGCGACCCCAUACCGCUGUCGCUACGAUGGCGGACGCUUGGUUUACGAGCUAUCCGGGCUGUGGUGGCUUCGGAAGCUCUAGCCACGGACUCCAGCCAACAGUUGAACCUGGUUAUGCCUGUAAUACUGGAGAACAUGUCGCUCGAGGACGAAGACAUAUUAUCUCACCUGCAAGAGCGAGCUAAAUCAAGUGAGAGGUUUGAGGACGAAAUUGCAAAGAGGAGGAGAUUCAGCUUAUCGACCGUUACUACCGUGGACACAACUGAUGGCGAUCCGGCCACAGCUGUUGAAACGACCGCAGGAGCAGACAGAGUCGCUGAAGAGGAGGUCAGAGCAUUGGCGUUACGAUGCCUGAAGCAGAUCUUUUCCGUCGGCAUCGGCAGUAGUAGAGGACAAACCAGAUUGGCAACAGCGCUAACACUGAAAUUCAUUGCAUCCAAGAACCCCCCGCGAACGACAGAGACUGCGCGCCAAGGCACCUGGGCUACGUCCCUCUUCGAAGCUAUUGCCCGCUGGACACCAGUGCAAGAUCGAUUCAUCAUUCUGGUAACGGCCAUGGAAACACUGGUUCGAACGCCUAUUGUGGAAGGCGUGCUCGAGAAGCAAUUGGUUCUCGCCACUAUGAUUGACUGGCUGCUCAGCUCAUCAGUGAAUCUCAUCGGACUAAGCGUCAUGGAUAUACUACUUGGUUUUAUUCAGCACAUGUUACUUCUACUGCAGCUCGGUGGACCAAAUCCGCGCAUCAUAGCCCCUCAGCAGAACGAUACGCUUGGGAUAUUCCGAGAAGCGAAAGAGGCCUUCGACCCGGGCACCGUUCUAGCGGGCUCCGAGCUUGAUCGGACACCCUCCAAGAUUUCGCUGGCGGCAUCCCCUACGCGAAAGGAGCUAUUGACGAGACUACAGAAUUGCAUCGCCUCUCUAUCCAAUCACAUUUAUUACACCGAUCAGAUCAGUGACAUGAUAACAGCAAUUCUGGCGCGGUUGAAACCAUCUCCACAAUCAGAUGUUCCGACGGCUGCGGCUGCAAUUGAUGAUCCGGUAGCCGCAACAAGAGCCAUUGCGGAGUCUGCGAGCAUUCAAGAAGACCCUAACACGUCGCCGUUCUUUUCCUUCGCCACAGCGAGAGUAACAGCUGCCCAGGUCAUCAAAGACAUUCUGGUCCGGGCCAACAGCAAAAGAAGCGCCAUGGGGGGUCCGAUAGAAGCACGCGCCCGCGUUGGCGUCCAGGUCUGGGAAGGCACGCAAUGGCUUCUCAAAGAUGAAGAGCGAGAAGUGCGCUUUGCCUACGUCGAUGCUUUACUGACUUGGUUGAAGCUGGAAACCAACAAAUCCGACACACUUCUGCCCAAACAUGGUCCACGAAAGCAACCCUCGAACAAGAAGCAGGGCACAGGCGAAACCAAUCUCGCGAAGCGAGCUGUUUCUGGUGCUUCGCGAAAAGAACCAAAGUCGACGCGAUCGAGCUUCCUGUCAUUACUGCACCUGGCAAUAUAUGACAGCAUCCUCGAUGAUGCGGAGAAUGAACCGAAUGUUCUUUUGCUCCACCUUCUAUUAACAAAGCUCGUUGACCGCUUGGGGGUGAAUGCUGUUCGAAGUGGAUUGCCCAUGGUGCUGCGACUCCAAGAAACCGCUCUCAAUGGCGAGAUUGUUUCUACUCUCGGAAGAGUCAAUGUUGCCAGUGUUGUUCAGGGCUAUCUAUGGGCGAUUGCUCAGAAGUUCGAUUUUGAGACAAGCACCGUUGGCCACGAGAUCAAUGCUGAGAUUUCUCGGAGAAAACGAUUUGGCAUCUGGUGUGACAGAGUCAAGAUCCCUACGCUCGAUAUUGACGAUAUACGAAGAAUACUCACUGUGAGCGAGAAACAGCCUCAGUACCCUGACGAAGCCGUGGACACGCUGAGGCCAUUCUUGUCUGUGUCGGACUUGGUGAAUGAGAUCGCAAAGUCGUAUGACAGUUCACUGCUCACUCCUCCAAGCUCUGCACCUUCAUCGCCAGGCCGAGUCUUUUCUGUGCCUACACUUGGCUUCGGCUAUGGGUAUGGAGCUGCUCCUGUCCCGAAACCAUCUCGGGAAGAUCAGUUUCCUGAGAAGGUCAAGGAAGAAAUGACUGCUGGUUGGAGUAGGGAGGCAUGUAUUGCAGCUGUAGAAAAGGAAAGCGCCGCUUCAAUGACCGGAUCGCGAACGGGUGCCUCUUCUGUCCCCAAGAAUCACCUCAACAUCAAUGGAGUACGCAAUCACGGCUCUACAAGUGGUCAAGAAUCGCCAAUCAAUGUUAACGGCAGUACAACUCCCACAUACGGUCUGACGAGCGGUCUGGGAAGCUUGACUCAAGCGAGAAGACCGAGCGUCAAUGGUUCACCUGCACGAAUUCCUACCACAUCCAGCAGAGACUCGACCAUGAGAGUGACUGAUUUGAAAAGAGCCCUUUCUGGAUAUGCUGCCGGAGGAAGGCGACAGAGCCCGUUGAGAAAACCAAUAGCUAUGUCCAGGAGAAGUACGCGCAGUAGCCUGACCAGCAGCAUGGUCAGCUGGGAUGAGGCUGACGACCGAAAUCCUUCCUUUCUUGAUGUAAGAGCAUCUGGCGCUCCGGGUGGCUCGGUUAGCCAUGUCGAUGACGGUUUCCGACCUCCGACUUCUUCGUCCAACAAGCCUGCUCGAGAUGUCAGUGGGACUAUCCACGACGAAGUUACAGUUCCUCCAAUCACCGCCAAUCCUCAGAACGACACAGAUAUUCCCCCUGUGCCGAAGAUACCCUCGACGCUUAAUCUUCCUGGGACCUGGCCACGGGACAUAUCUCCUGCUCGAACCGAAGAGCCCGCACUAGAGCAGACGUCGUCAUUGUCUCAGGGACCUGGGAAUAGUCCUCAGUCCAAGCGCGUCACCAGUGGUACAUACUCGAUAGCGUCUGCGACAGGAAAGCAGAGCGCCCGAAAGAGCUCGCGGCCAACAAGUCGAAGAGGAGCCAGCCCCAUCAUGGGCUCUACCAAUGGCAAAUUCGACUUGAACUCGUUGUUGGCCGAGAUCCCAUCUGCCAAUGAAGACGUCAAACAGGAGAAAGAGAUCCGAACCAGUCGCCAGAUUAGACCUCCUUACUAAUUGCUUGGUCAAGCGCGGAAACAUUGGGGGUCGGCGUAAAUUCUUCGUAUUGAAUGAUGAUUGUAAAUUAUGGGACAGAGAGUCAAGCGUAAGAAAACAUGGCUUUCUGCUGUUGAUAUUGUAUUAUUUUUGAGCGACGUAGCGCCUCAAUGAGCGGUUUGAUUUUCAACCCUACGCUUGAGAAUUUUGACUGGACUGUGAGAUAGAGCACGGAGACAGUUGUAGAUAAAAGCAACGACUAUAUCCCUGUGCAAGAUGGACUUGAUAGUGAUGAUGACAUGGACCCUGAU